UCAAAACAUAAAACAGCAAGGCGCGCAAAGCCUUCACAGUUUUGAAUGAUUUUAUUAAUGUAAAAAAAUAGCUUGUUUCUAUUAUAAAACCUGAUUACCAUUUUUGAUAUGGACAAUUUGGCAAAACGAGAAUCUCAUGUGUAUAGAAUCUUCCAAACUCUUGAAGAAGCUCAAAACAUAGAGGAUCCUUUCGUAAAAGUCGAUAUCUUACGAAAUGUGACAUCGCAACUGUUUGCUGAAGCUCUGGAAAGCAACGAUGAAAAAUUUGCAUGUUCGUUGCUUCAGUCGCAUUUGGAUGACUAUCAGGACGCGGUGAUUGAUCCGGAUUCAGUUAACAAUUACUGCGAUGAGGUGAUGCAACUUCUGGUCACUCAACAGGACGAAGAUGCUGAGGAAGAUGUGGAAAUAACGGAAAUUGCUUUAGACGACCCAUUAUUUUACUUGACGCGGGAACGAUCGUGCAGGGGUCGAUUUGAAGAUUGCACCAGUUGGGAGUUGAAUGAUCCGACGGUUAAAUCUAUUUUCGCUGAUAGUGAUAAUGUUCUACGACCGUCAUGCAAGCAAAAGAUGGAAACCAACAGAGAGGCUGUAACUAAUCCAGUGAAAUUUGAGCCAUGCAAAGAAAGCCCGACAAAUCUUCUCGGAAACAACCGGGUUGGUUCGGUGGCUUUGGAAGAAAUAUCUCGUAGGGUAUUCGCUCCACCUUCGAGAGGCUUUACUCCGAAAGUGCCAACAACGUCAAAAAGUUAUAACUGUACCGAUUCUGUUACUGAAACAGCAAGAAGGUGUGAUAAUUCGAUAGCAGAAGGAAAUAAGCCUGAAGGAAGCAAUUUUCGAACCGCUAAAGAUGAAUUGCAGAUUCAGAAUAUUAAGAAAUAUGGCAACGCCAAUCCGCCAGGACAAACGCCGUUGUUCUCUUAUGGCAAAAAGUCUCUCGGAGGGCGCCGUACGCUGGGGAGUAAAUUUGUGUGUCCAGUUCGCAACGAUGGUCCAGACGGAACGAGUAAGCCCGUGACCAAUUCACCGAGUUCAUCUCACCACAGUCAAGAAGACAGUCAGGACGAAGAGAUAGACGAACGCCUACGUCACAUAGAUCCUAAAAUGGUCGAGCUUAUCCGCAGCGAAAUAAUGGAUCGAUUUUCUCCUCUAACCUGGGAAGACAUAGCAGGACUAGACUAUGCUAAAACGAUCAUUCAAGAAGCGAUCGUCUGGCCUAUUCUGCGACCGGAUAUCUUCACUGGAUUGCGCAAACCUCCAAGAGGAAUCCUCCUGUUUGGUCCACCAGGAACGGGAAAAACUUUGAUAGGAAAAUGCAUUGCGUCGCAAUCGAAAUCGACCUUCUUUAGCAUUAGUGCUUCCUCCCUGACGUCCAAGUGGAUUGGGGAUGGCGAGAAAAUGGUGCGAGCUCUUUUCGCGGUGGCCUCGGUGCAUCAACCUGCGGUUGUUUUCAUUGAUGAAAUUGAUUCCCUUCUAUGCCAACGGUCGGAAACGGAACAUGAAAGUUCACGGAGACUGAAAACGGAAUUUCUUGUCCAGCUGGACGGAGCAGCCACGGCAGAUGAUGAACGGAUUCUCAUCGUUGGUGCCACAAAUCGUCCUCAAGAGCUGGACGAAGCUGCCCGUCGGCGGCUUGUUAAACGUUUGUACAUUCCAUUGCCUGAACUACGCGCUCGAAUGCAGAUUCUAGCCCGCUUGUUAGCGAACGAAAAAAAUUCACUUUCUUCCGAGGAAAUUACCGAGAUCGGUCAACUUACGGAUGGGUUUUCCGGUGCAGACAUGAAAGUGCUGUGCCACGAAGCGUCCAUGGGACCGAUCCGAUCCAUUCCGUUCGAUCAGCUUGGCCAAAUUGAGAAGGAAGAUGUGAGACCGGUUUGUCAUGAAGAUUUCAAGGCGGCGCUGGGACGAGUUCGGGCCAGUGUUUCACCGAACGAUCUGACGCAGUACGUGAAGUGGGACCGACUAUAUGGAUCGGGGGCUUCAUGCUAAUUCCUGCUACAGGUAAUUGCGGUGGAGGCCAUUUCAUGUGUUCUGUUGAAUAAAUAUUGUUACCUACGUAGCGAUAUUUCGUACCGAUGACUUCCUUCCAGAUACACUGCUCCCUUUUUAUGCGCCGUUUGAUUUCUGGAGUUAUUCAGGGAGUGCAAGACAUAUUAGUUUAGAAUUAUCGCACCAAUAGGUGCUAAUGUGCAUGAGAACUUCCUCUAUACUAUGCAUCUUGAACUCAUCAGCAUCUAGAAUGUUUCCGUCUAUAGCAAAGUUCUUAUUGGUAUUUUUGAUAUGAGAAUUGCAUGUGGAUACCGGAAAUCAAUGCCUAGAAUUCAAUAUGGCGAUUUCCGGUUUCCAAAAAUGUGUCAGAUCCAUAAAAAAUAUGAAUAUAUUUGGAACAGAAAUGAUUUAUUGAGGUCGAAGCUCAACUAUA